AUGGCACCUCAAAUGCCGCCUGGCAGGCCCGGAAAUCUGACCCCCGAGCAGGAGGACAAGUUAAAGGAGAUGUGGGCGGCGACUCUAGACGUCUUUGGUGUCGCACACGAGCAUGCAGCCACGGCAUCUACCACUGCUGCCCCAGUCGACACGCCCGACAAGAAGAAGAAAAAGGGCAGACUAGGGCUAUUCAGCAAAAAGGGCAAAGACGAUGACCAAGCCGAUGCUGGUGGUGGUGUAAACAACGAUAAACAUGGCCAGACAAAGGAGUUUGAACAGGCGCUAGCUUCGCAAACCCCGGAAGCAUUGCGAGAGGCCUUUUGGAGCAUGAGCAAGCACGAUCACCCGGAUGCACUGCUACUUCGUUUCCUUCGCGCGCGAAAAUGGGACGUGCAGGCCGCACUGGUUAUGUUGAUCUCGACAAUGCACUGGCGUAGUGAGGAGAUGCACGUGGAUGACGAUAUCAUGAUUCAUGGCGAAGGUCACGCGAUACAGGAGACACGGUCCGGAAAUGCGGCGGAGAAGAAGGAGGGCGAGGACUUCAUGGCACAGUUGAGGAUGGGCAAGUCGUUCCUGCAUGGUGCGGACAAGGAUGGGCGGCCUUGCUGUUACGUUCGCGUGAGAUUGCAUCGGCAGGGAGAGCAAAGCGAGAAGAGCCUGGAGCGAUUCACUGUCUUUACCAUUGAGACUGCACGCAUGCUGCUUCGUGCUCCCGUUGACACCGCUACCAUCGUCUUCGACAUGACCGACUUCAGCAUGGCCAACAUGGACUAUACACCUGUAAAGUUCAUGAUCAAGUGCUUCGAGGCCAACUAUCCAGAAUCGCUAGGCUCUGUUCUCGUCUACAAGUCCCCAUGGCUCUUCCAGGGAAUCUGGAAAAUCAUCAAGGGUUGGCUCGAUCCCGUUGUCGCGUCAAAAGUUCACUUUGUCUCGAAUGUCGAUGACUUGCAGCAAUUCAUUCCCCGGGAUAAGAUUAUGAAGGAACUUGGCGGAGACGAAGACUUUGUGUAUUCCUACCAGGAGCCCGCGGAGGGCAGCAAUGAGGAUGCGGACCUGGCAAAGACUUCGGAGCGUGACAGUAUUCUGGCAGAGCGUACUGAGCUGGUGAAGUCUUAUGAAAGCGAGACGGUAAAGUGGAUGCAAGGCGAGGACCUAGGCGAGGGACGCAUGCGACUGGCGCAGAGGUUGGCGGAGAACUACUGGAAGCUGGAUCCAUACAUUCGCGCCAAAUCGUUGUAUGACCGUCAAGGCGUGCUGGGAAAGAACGGAGAAUUGGACUUUUAUCCUGGGGAUAAGAAGAGAGCCGUCGGCGAUGGUGAUGCCGCCCAGGACGAGCUAGACUAA